UGCAACAGUGAACAGGAGCGAGCGGUGUAAGCAGCCGGGACCUGGAGGGUCAGGAUGACAGAAGGAACGCAGUUCACCAGACUAAGACCUUCUUUGUGAAGGAGUGUCAAGGCCUGCCAGAGAACACCAGCUCCCGAACCUCUGAACCCAGAAGAUCCCAUAAAGUCUGUACGGAAUGUCCCAGAAGCCUCCCCUCCAGUUCCCUGGGUGGAGCAGACCUCUUGGAUGAGGAGAUGCCCCGGAUGGGUCGGGUUUUCUGUAGAGAAUCACAGAGGUUAUGGGUCUUGAGCUUCCCCAGACCCAGGGGCCCCAGGGUGGAACAGCCACACCUGCCUGAAGUUCUGAGGAAGAGGGCGGAAACAAGCAGCGCCCGCCCUCGCUUGCUCUCCCCACACUUGUGAUAGGCUCUGCUGGGGCACUGUGUGCUGCACAGCCUCACUUCCCGAAAUAGGCAACGGUACUUUUCAGACCCUGACAUCCCUCCCUGGUAGACCCAAGUGGCAUGCCUGGGGUCAGUGUGGGUCCUAGAUUCCCUGGGUGACUGACUGCUCAUCUGGAUGGAGCCAUGGCCUCUCAUGCUGCUGCUGCUGCUGUGUCUGCAGGGUUGUGUCUCAGGUCCCUCCAUUGAGAACGUGUACCGGAAAGUGCAGCGGCGUGAAGGGGAGUCUCUGUCCGUGCAGUGCUCCUACAAGAACCGCCGGAACCGCGUGGAGGGCAAGGCUUGGUGCAAAGUGAAGAGGAAGAAGUGUGAGCUGAACUUCAUCCGGGGCUGGGUGAAGGGGCCCAGCUACUCCAUAAGGGAUGACGCCAAGGCCAAGGUGGUCCACAUCACCAUGGAGGCCCUCAGGGUCCAGGACUCCGGACGAUACUGGUGCAUGCGUAACACAGCUGGGAAUCUCUACCCCUUGGUGGGUUUCCAGCUGGAAGUGUAUCCAGCCCUCACAACUGAGAGAAACGCUCCUCCCACGCAUCUAACCAACACCUUCGAGAGUGGAUUUAUCACAAUGGGCCAGGUCCCCAUUUCAGGCCCACACAACCCUGUCACAUCUGACAUGACUGUGUUCACACCUGGACUCCUCACCUUGGCCUCAGGGACCACUGCACCAACCCCUGUGACAAGCUACAGUUCCACCGAUACCCGUGGCUCCACCGAUACCCGUGGCCCCCUCCCAGAGCCCGGGAAGAGCACGAAGUCCCAGCCAGUGACCAUGUCUCCUAGCAAUGCGAGACCCUUCUCUGCUGACCCCGUGACCACCUUCACCGUGUCCGGACGCCUGAGCAGCGGCUUGUCCACCACGGGGAUGUGGCACCAGUUACCCCCCAACAGGUCCCAGGAGACUUACCUCACUGCGGUGGUGGUGGUGCCGACAUUGCUUCUUGUGUCUGUGGUGUUGGUAAUGGGCUAUGGGUUUUGGAAGAAGAGGCACAUGGGAAGCUACAACUUGGGCAGCAACUCGGCCAAACCCUGGAAACACCUUCCCGAAGGACCAGAGACGCUGUGGAAGCCUGCUUGGUCUAAGAUAACUCAGUGAUCUGGGAAACCGAUUCCAGUGGGUUCAGAGGCCAGAAGAGGACCAAAGACAGGCAAUGGCCCUGGGGCAGGAGGACACACAGCUGCCUUCCUUUCACCCCGGCCACUGAGUUCUCAGCUUCCCUCUGUUCCCUACAAACUUCUCCAGAUGUUUGGAGACAAGAGCCAGGACUCAUGAGCCCCCAAGACAGCCAAUGUCUCUAGAGUCCUGUUCUGGAUGAGAGGGGACAGUGACUAAGGCCUAGGGACACAAAGACAUUGGUAGCAGGAGGUCUCAGAGCUGACCAAGGCCACGUGUCUUCUGAUGUGCCCUGACUGUGGCUGCUGGCCCUUCUGUCCCGGAAGUCUGCAGACCCCACAUGUCACUUGGUUCCUGCCUGCCAGUCUCUCUCAGGCCAGCGAGAGCCUUCUGCUACAGCAUCAGCCUUUCCCAAGAUGGGCGCAAAGGCUGAAUGUGGACUCCUCCACUCCAGUUCCUGCUCCCAUGCUACCGUGAUGAACUCAUGGAGGAGACUGAGGGCACAGCCUAUGCCUUGGGUGUCUGUACCCCGUCGACAGGGCCCCUCCUCCAGACAGUGGAGUUGGCCAUGGAGCAUUGAAGACCACUUCUGAGAAAAGGCCACAUGGAGGUGCCCUGAUGAAAACAGCAGUAAAUGGAGGACUAGG